UUUGUACCUCUGUGGUGUGGGAAUGAUCGGCGCAGCUCACAGUAUCAGCAGUGAUUGAGCGCUGGAAGUGCGUGCAUCAUCCCAGCGCAGGGCACGGGAAGGAGGGGGUGCUGCUUUCUGCUGAAGUGCUGGCAGAUAGAAGGCGUACCCGUUCUCCUAAGUACAGGCUACCGUCCUUUAUCUGGCCAGCAGCAAGGAGCUCGUUGUGUGUCUGAACUUUUGACUGUAAUGAAGUACAGGAUAGAUUAAUCACAGGUAAUUUAAAGACCCUCUUUAAGAAGAUAGCAGUACUUUCCUAAGAAUGAAGGCAUGGGGUUGAAGGGCAAACCUUGUGUGACCGUGCUUUGUGUGUGACAGUGGCAUCCCAAGAGAAAUCAUCUAAAUGCCUAAAAUUAUUUACCCUGUAGCGUACUCUUCUGUCAGGCCUUUAUCAGUUACUCAAGAAAGUGAGAGGUUUUGAGACUUGGUCCCAAAAGAAUAUCAGAAACCCCAGCUGGGAGCAGCUAACUAAUCCUCUAUUGUUAUUGGUAAACUACUACUAGAACAUUAGCCAGAAUUGUAUUCCUGGAGCCCAGCUUGUGCUGUACGCAGUGCCCAGGGCAAGUCAUAAAGAGAUCGAACUGCAUUUAACCUCGUUAAAGCAAUCCAUCGAACUCUGUGUACUCUACCGAAAAGGAUCAUCACUCCAGAGCGCAUCAGUGUGGUCCAAAUUGCCCUCCUACACAAAACGCACCGGUUGUGUUCCGCCUGUCCUAGUGCUAAAUGGCGUGCUUCAUCUCGGCGCUGAUGCACGCAUCUUCCUCAGUGAUGCUGGCGCAGGAGGGAACUGGAGCUGCAAAGAUGACGAAACACGCUUCUGAUCAGGAGGCGUUUGGGGAAGGAGGGGGCAGCACCGUGGUGUCCAGUCUCGUUUCCAGGUCCAUGUAGCGGAGAUGUCAAGCAUCUCGAGCUUUGAAGAGCGUAAGCAGCCAGACCUACUUGCAGACCCAGCAGAUUUAUCCCAGCCAAAGUAUGUAUGAGACUGUAAGCUCAAUCAAAAGUUCUGGCAGUCUGACAUCCAUCCUCUAGCCGUGGACUUCAGUGAGCUUGCUGAGGAGCACGUACACAUCAAAUUCAUUAGUUUCUGGAAUGGGCAGUAACUUCUGGAGGGAAAAAUUACUGUUCGAUGCAACCUCAAGAUACGCCUGUGUCUCUGGAUGACAGAAAAUAAGAGAGAAAAGAGUAAGCCGGAGGGAGAAGAAAGUUUAUAGGAAAAAGGGCAGCUGAGAUCUGAGUGUCUUAGAAGCUGUCUCGUAUGACGGACGUUUUACUUAACCCUCCCUAAUACAAAUGUACGCCGCUCCCAAGGCAUGAUGGCAGAAGGGGGAGGCUGUUGCAUAGUGCAGGCUCCAGCAAGCACAGGAUAGCACUGAAGUGACCGUGAACGGAACGGUUCAUCUCUCUGUGCUUCGCUCACUGCUAAAUAGGAGUAAAUCUCUCUUCUCCACAGGGAUCAUAUUCUGGGGUUUGGAUUAAAGACAAUGAGUUUUCCUGUGAUUCCCAGCUGGAGAAUGACAGAAAAAAUGUUAACUUCCCCGGAGCUGGCAUUGACGCUGCGAUGGGUUGGUGUCCUACCGCUGCUGUCUGUGCAGAGCCUGAAGACACGCUCUCGGCUCACGCGGAGAGGCGCCAUUUCUGAAUUCCGUAAGAUACCUGGCUUUCAGGACUGAGGUCGGGACAGUGUGUUGCCUCCUUUAAUUACACUUUGAGAAUUAGUUUCAGAUCUGGAAGAACACAAGAAGAAGAACUGGUCAGCAUUUAUGUAUUGCUCUUACAUUGUACAAAGAUGACUCAGAAAGAAUCUUCUUUUUAUUAAAAAAAAAAAAAAAUAGUAGUAAAUAUUUGGUAGAGAAGAGCCAUCUGAAAGGCUCCUGUGUGUUGCUGCCAACCUUUUCAAAGAAGAGUUAAAUUCUGGAGUUUCAGCAUGUGAUUCCAGAAUACCCAGAUUAAUAUUUAUUCAGAAUGUAAAACCAUCCGCAUUAAAUGUGGGGCUGUCCCAGCUAAUGCUAACUGUGUGUUUACAAACGCCUGUCUACUUGAGGCACAGUGUUCUAGCCUUCCUGCGGCGAGGUGGGGUCGGUGAGCUGUCUGCCUUACGGCGUAUCUGCCGUAUGAGUUUCCAACCGCUUCAGCACACCUGCUGUACAAAAGACCGUGCUGAUAAAUGGCGAGUGCCACGCGCUCUCCAGUCUGUUGACACAGGGAUGACUCAGGGUUCUUGGGAAGCAUUUCAGUAACUCAUUUAGCUGAUUUAACCUUGCUACAUAGCGUCUUAAUUGUACAAAACUGUUUUAUAGGCCUGUUGUGUUUUACAGGGGUUAUCGGCCUUUGCAGAGCGUGCAGCAUCAACGGCCCUGUGCUUCCUGGCUCUAAUCUGGCACUGAGGACACGUUGGCAGAGGCGCUCCAGCACUGGGCACGCUUGUGCCCUGCUGUUGUUAGUGCGUUUCGUUGUAUCUCCCCUUCUAGUUUUGCACCGACUUAAUUAAAGCUGAUGCAGGAAAAGCUGCAAGUCGUUUAAUGACCAAAUAAGGUCUCCAUUCUCAUUAAUUAUCUGGUAUGCUUCUCCUGGAGCCAUGGAUGAAUACAACCGCUUUGUGGAUUGGGACAAAAUGGAUGUUACUGCCCAGAGCCAGGACGCGAAGGAGCUGACCUGCACAGAGUUCCAGGAGCUCAAACAGCUGGCCCGGCAGGGCUACUGGGCCAAGAACCACUCUCUGAGAGCCAAAGUGUACCACAAACUAAUCAGCAAUAUCCCAUGCCGCACAGUGACCCCAGAUGCAAACGUGUACCGGGACAUCGUUGUGAAGAUUGUUGGAAAACGUAGCAGUAGCUCCCUUCCGCUACCAGAGUUUGUGGAUAACAGCCUGGUCCCCACGUACUGCUUGAAUGCAGAAGGCAUCGGGGCAGUCAGGAAGAUUAUACUGUGCAUUGCGAAUCAGUUCCCGGACAUAUCGUUCUGCCCAGCGCUGCCUUCUGUGAUAGCUCUGCUCCUCCACUACAGCAAAGAUGAGGCAGAGUGCUUCGAACAGGUUUGUCGCAUCCUUGCUUGCAAUGACCCAUCCAAGCGGCUCAUUGAUCAGACGUUCUUAGCCUUUGAGUCCUCCUGCAUGACCUUUGGAGACCUGGUUAACAAGUACUGUCAGGCAGCACAUAAGCUGAUGGUGGCAGUGUCUGAGGAUGUGUUGGAGGUGUACUCCGACUGGCAGCGGUGGCUCUUCGGGGAGCUGCCUAUGGUGUACAUCGCUCGGGUCUUUGAUGUCUUUCUGGUGGAGGGCUACAAAGUUCUCUAUCGUGUUGCACUGGCUCUUCUGAAAUUUUUUCACAAAGUCAGAGCUGGGCAGCCCAUGGAGUCUGACAGCAUACAGCAGGACAUUCGAGCUUUUGUGAGAGACAUUGCCAAGUCGGUGUCUCCGGAGAGGCUUCUGGAAAAAGCCUUUGCUAUCCGCCUCUUCUCGCGGAAGGAGAUCCAGCUUCUGCAGAUGGCCAACGAGAAGGCUUUGCAGCAGAAGGGCAUCACAGUCAAACAGAAGAGUGUUGCAUCUCCCAAAAGGCAGAAUGUGCACUUAGCGGUUCAUGCUGAGAACUUCAAGUCUGAGAUUGUCAGUGUGAAAGAGAUGCGAGAUAUCUGGUCGUGGAUCCCAGAGCGAUUUGCACUUUGCCAGCCCCUCUUGCUUUUCACCACCUUGGAACAUGGCUGUAGUCUGAGCAGGUUCUAUUCGCACAGCGAGGGACACGAACCAACUCUUCUCCUCAUCAAGACCACAGCCAAAGAGGUCUGUGGCGCGUACCUGUCCACGGACUGGAGCGAGCGCAGGCGAGGGGGGAACAAGCUGAGUUUCUUUGGAACUGGGGAGUGCUUUGUAUUUAGGCUGCAGCCAGAAGUGGAACGCUACGAGUGGGUGAUCAUAAAACACCCAGAACUGGCCACAAUGGGUUCGGAGCCCGAAAAUCACGCCUCGCCAGCUUCCAGCACCCUCUCUUCCAGCAGGGCCCCAUCAGACCCCUCAGAUCGCCUUUCUCCCUUCUUGUCGGCUCGGCACUUCAACUUGCCUUCCAAAACAGCCUCCAUGUUCAUGGCUGGCAGCAGCGAAUCCAUCAUUAUAGGAGGUGGUGAUGGCCAGGCUCUCUACCUCGAUGCAGACCUGAACCACGGAAGAACCAGCCACUGCAAUACUUUCAAUAAUCAGCCCUUGUGCUCUGAAAGCUUCCAGAUCUCUGUCCUGGAGGUGUGGGGCUUCAGGGACACCAUGAGUGGUUGACGUGACUGUCAUUAAUCAACUAGUCUUUUGGUUGUCCUAGGAUUCCCGAGGCAAAUUCUAAUGCAGGAGCCAAGUUAGAACACAAUUUCUGCUGGGCUCAGUGUUCUUUAGUCGUUACAAAGUGGUGCACUUCAAUGCAGGGCUUAAUUGUUUACUCUUAAUUUUAUCCAAGACAGGUCAAGGCGAAGUAACGUAUCUGAUUAACUCCUUAGCUCUUUACCUCUAGAGAUCUGUAUUCAGGUCCCGUUAUCAGGUAAAAAUGGAAACGUAAUGAUUUCAAACCAUCCUAAAUGGGUAAAAAUCCAUAUCACAGUUUGCAGUUUGAUGCAGUUCCUCAGAGGCACAGCACUGGCUGAGGUGUCCUGUAGAGCUGUGUGCUGCUGGCACCAGCAUCUAGCUUGAGCCAAUAAUAUCAAAUGUCCGCUCACAGGGAACAUUGAUGACCUCAGAUUUGACAUAGAACAGUAGUUCAUAAAAUCAUUGCCCUGCUACAGCGGACAUCAUGCGGACAAAUCAGUACCACUUUCUAAGUUAGGAAAGCCCUCAAUUCACAGGAGAACUGUGAUUGCUACUUACCCUUCUCCUUGUACCUGAACCCUUGGCACAUUCCAGUUGCAUCUGUUUGAGGAGUCUGCCGCUGAGAAAGGCAUCCAGACUGGACAAUGAUAUCUCAAAGGCUUGAUUUUGUUUACAUUCCUAUUCCAUAUCAGUAUAAUGACUUCAAACUGACUCGUGGUUCAGGCAGCUGAAAGCAUAUAUGCAGUGCUCAGAAACUUCCCUUUCUUCAUCUUCCCUGGAAGCUGAAAUGGAGCUUUAAAUCUGAGAAUAACCAUGCUGAUAUCCCUUCGUGUUUGGGGAAUUAGACUUUGUGAUACAGAAGCUUAAUGCUCUCCCCACAAGUAGGUGAAGGGAGGUGGGAGGGACGUCUUCUGUGUGAUACGAUCCUGGGAGUGGAUGAGUUUCCCAGGAGAACUCUAGGUGACCCUGUUUCUCCAUAUCAUGCGUCUUCCCAGUGAUGAGAUCAUGAAAAGGUAAUGCUUUUUGCCAGCAGUGUUUUGGUGGGGUUUGGAUGGUGCAGAGAGGCUUUUGCUCAUUGCUGAGAACUCGUGAGGUUCUCUGCAAGCAUGCCUUGUGGCAUGUGACAUCUGGAGGCAAUGGCCCAGGGUCUUUAUCUAAAACUGCUGUAGAACUUCUCCCAUGUGAAACACAAGUACCUAAGCAUCAAUGGAUAGUCCAGAGCACACGACAGGGUGCUCUCAAAGCUUCAGUGGGUGAUUUCUUAGUAGGGAGAUUUACCCCAACAGGUAAAA